UUUCCAACACGUGAUCGAUUUUAGUAUGCAUUGUUCCAAUUAAGCACACAACAGUUUUGCUGGUGCGAGAAAUACAAGUUUAUUCGACCAUUUAACAAAUACGUUGUGUCAAAACACCAAAAUACACAAAAGAAAUUUGACAUUCCUCGAGCCUCGCGUAAACUUCGUUUUCCAUUUUUGGAGAUUUUACGAUACCGGAAGUGUAUUCACCCUGGACGCAUGCGCUGACACACCUUCCUGUUCCGCGUGGGAAGCCGUAGGGCGUUUUGACUUCCACCCCUGUGAGCAGAACAACAAAAAGUGACUGGAAAACAGUAAAUACACAAGAUGUUUAUGAGGAAGAGUAAAUUUCGGCAUGUUUUUGGACAAGCCUUAAAAAGAGACCAGUGUUAUGACAACAUCAGAAUAACGAAGAGUUCCUGGGACUCUCGGUACUGCGAUGUCAAUCCAAAGUACGUGGCUGUCAUUACUGAAGCUGCCGGUGGAGGUUCGUUCCUCGUGUUGCCACUGUCUAAGGUGGGUAGGGUAGAAAGAGACAGUCCUCUCGUUGCUGGUCACAAGGCGGCUGUGCUGGAUAUAUCCUGGUGUCCCCACAAUGAUGAUGUCAUUGCCAGUGCAUCUGAGGAUUGUACUAUCAAGAUCUGGCAGAUACCUGAGGGUGGUCUCACAAAGCCUCUGACUGAGCCAGUAGUCGACUUAGUAGCCCACCAGCGUAGGGUCAGCUGUGUUAAGUGGCACCCGACUGCACACAAUGUGCUGCUCAGUGCAGGUUCGGACAACAAGAUCUUCAUCUGGAAUGUUGGAACUGGAGAGGUGUUCACAGAGAUUGAUCUUCCUGAUCUGCCACUCUCUGCUUCCUUUAACUUUAAUGGCAGCAAAUUUGCCUGCACCUGCAAGGACAAAAAACUUCGAGUCUACAACUCAAGAUCAGGGGAAUGCUUACAGGAAGAGCCGGGUCAUGCUGGAGCCAAGCCUGCACAGGUGGUGUACCUCAAGGAUGGCCUCAUCUUCACCACUGGCUUCUCCAGGAUGAGUGAGAGACAGUAUGCAUUGUGGGAUGAGAAAGACUUGAGUAAGGCAAAGGAAAUGAAUGAGCUUGACAACAGCAAUGGAGUGAUGUUCCCCAUGUACGAUGCUGAUGUCAACAUGGUCUAUCUCUGUGGAAAGGGUGACAGUCAGAUCCGGUAUUUCGAGGUGACCGAUGAAGAACCUUAUGUGCAUUACCUGAACACAUACCAGUCGAAGGAGGCCGGCAGAGGUGUUGGCUUCAUGUCCAAGAGAGGACUCAAUGUUAAUAACUGUGAAAUCGCCAGGAUAUACAAACUACACAACAGUGGUCUCUGUGAAGUCAUCCCCUUCACAGUACCAAGAAAGUCCGAGCUGUUCCAGGAUGACUUGUACCCAGACACACCUUCGGACACGCCUGCUUUAUCAGCAGAGGAAUGGUUUGGUGGCAAAGAUGCAGAGCCUAUUAUGGUGUCCCUGAAAGGAGGCUUUGUUCCAACAAGAAAGGAUGCCUUGAAGGUGGUGCGCAGGUCCAAUGUUCUGGACAAGAUGCCCACCAGAACAUCCCAGGCUCAGUCAACAAACUCUGAAGCUGCAGCAGCCCCUGUUCUUCCCCCGAAACCUUCUACCACGUCUACUCCUCCAGAUGAACAUGUGGGAUUUGACCCCCAAGGCAUUCUGGAUGAUAUGCGCAAACUCAAACUGAUAGUGAAAGCUCAUGAACGACGAAUAAAAACACUAGAAGAGAAACUGUCCCAAUAUGAAGUUAAUACGUCGGAAGAGGAUGAAGGAAAAGCUUAAUAGUUUGCCCCGAAGGAUUUGACCCCAAAGAAGUUAUGGAAGAGUUAAAACAGCUGAAAGCAACUGUGAAGAGUCAGGAGAAGCUUAUUUGUGGGCUUGAAACUCGGAUUGGGGCACUGGAGACGCAGACAAGUGAGGAGGAGGUCAAGGAUGAUUAACUAGCAGCAGCAUCAGCAGCAGCAGCAUAACACAGCUUCUUCCAAAACUGGCCAAGAGGACACUCGCCACAACUGGUGGAUGCACUCUAAACAUGAACUCUUGUGUUAACUUCUUCAAACGUUUUACACAUUUCAGUGUGUAUUUGUUUGAAAUUCUUUUGUCAACAUGUUUGACCAUGUUUCAUGUUGAGGUAAUUUGUUAAUUAAAACUGAAAUGCUAAAUGAAUGUGUUGAAAGUCUGAGACACUUCACAUCUACUUUCUGAACAAUGUUAUACAUUUGAUUGUAUAAUUUUCGAGGUUCAAUGACAUAUUUGACCAGUUGUCAUGUUUGUGUAUUGAUCUGUGAAUGGGAUUGGAACAGUUGAAAUUAAUAUGGAUUCGUCUUUUCAUGUUUAGGUGAAAAAUCAGUUGCUUCUCGAGGUCCUUCAUUGCCUAUUUUAUCAUAUAUUGACCUGCGGUCAAUCUUUCCAUUAACUUGUACUCAAUAAUGGACACACAGUGUUUAAAUAUUGACUGAUUAGAUCAGCAUAUGUACCAACUGUCACUGCUUACACUCUUCAUUGGAGGACAACAACCACUCACUUUGUGUUGUAUCACAAGGGUGCCAGGGGAAGUAACUCUGUACAUACCAUUGAUUAUCUCCCCUGGUACUUUGAGCUUCAAACAAAAAAAGAUAUUUUUGUCAUAUUAAGAUAUAUUUUAAUGAUUAAUCUUGAAUCUUCAAAUAUUAUUUUUAAGAGGAGGCUUUGAGGUUAGACCUAAAUAAAAGCUAUCGUUUGAUUUUGUUCCGUACAGAACUCCGGUGCCUCAGACAUGUCAGUGAGCAGCCUGCAAUAUUUGCUGCAACAGACUUAGUGUUUGAUUCAGCAACCCAAGUUUUGUCUUUCCAUUUCACUUUUAUCUUGACAGUUCUGUGCAGUGCUGUUCGCAGUCAAGUCUCACAUGCUAGAUAUACAAGGUGCAUGUUUAUAGUUUGUGUGUGAUAUAACCCGUAUGUUGUACUCUGGUAUAUCGAAAUCGAUUAGAGAUGUCAUCCUUAGAUUUCAUCCAUCACUUCAUAUCACUUUAGGAUACAAGUGACCACUAACAACAGUGUCCAAAUUAUACUCCUAGCAAUGCUCAGUUUGAGGUCAUGGUUAAUUUCAGAACACACAAACGUGUUUGAUAAGUGACGAAUUUGGCGCGUGGGAAAAGUAAUGAAAAAAUUUGGAGUGAAAUUCAGGUAUUGAAUUUCAUCUAAGAAUGUUUGAACAAGUAAGGUAUGAUUAAUUUGGUCCUGUUUUGAAAACUGACAGCACAUAUUCAAUACCUUCCAAAAAAGGUUUGUUUUGUUUGUCGUUUUAUUUAUAGUGUUUUAGUGAUACAAUAUGAGUUUGAUCAUUCCUGUAGCAGCCUCAACUGCAUGUGUAGCCAUAUUGCCACGUUCGAGAAGGUCACCUUUCAUAAUAUCUACUACCCAGUUGUGUGUAUGGCAGCAUAUUUGACAGAGAUUCCACACGACAGUGUCAAUGUCUAUGCAAGAGGGUAACUUGACGCUUCUCUGCUAAUCUUUAGUUCCUGAUACGAAGUUGCCAAUGUGCACAUGUUAUUAAUGCUCUGUUUUUGUUUUUCCCUUUGUUCUUGCACAUUGUGUCAUUUUCACUUGUUUGUUCACUAUGAUUUUACAACUACUUCACUCUGAUUUUGUUUCCAAGUGCCUUUCAUCAUUAGUGCUAAUAGCACCCAGUACUGUAUCAGAUUCACACAGAUUCUUCCAUGAUUGUAAAUAUCUCUCAUUCAAAUAGUUCUAUUAAAGUAAAUGUAAUUUUGAGACAUCUAUUAAAAGUAAAAAAAGAUCAAACUCCUUUCACUUUGAUUCAGCCAUUGUUUAUCAUAUAUAUACUUAUUUAUAACUCCUUGUAUUUUAUAUUAACACUUUUUCUAAAGUUAGUCAAUAUUGGUAGUUUUCAGCAGUUUCUCUUACAUCCUGAUCAAACCCCAUGAUGAGUUAAAUGAAAUCCCUGUUAGGCAAGCCUUAGUUUUAGCUGAUAGCUGUGUAUGGGUUUUAGUUUAAAUACAAUUUACUGAUAUUUCAGGGAUUUAUCUAGACCUGCUCCAAGGCCGUUAUUCGCCCAAUGCCUCCAGUAAGUGUCUGUAAAAUUCCCAGAUAAGACAUUCAAAUUUCCUUGUGUUAUGGCUUCAUAGAUGUAUGUUGACCAAAAACAUUGCCUCCAAAGGACAAUUAGUGUAAAAUCAUUUAUUCCUCUCCGCUUUACACCAUAAGAAACAGCUACUGAUCUACAAUGCUACUGAUCAAAAUUGUCUUCAAGUUUUGUUGAUACCUCAAUUUGUUAUCCAAAUACGAAUGUUUCCAAUUUAGACACGGUCGUGGGGAACAGCAUACCACAGGGACUGCUAUUUGGGAAAACCCAAUGCCAACCAUCCUGUUACUUCCUAUGUGCCACAGUGUAAACAGUUAGAUGUCGCUUAUUGUUUUGUUCUGCUUUGUUUUUCAUGCAUAGGCAUGUUAUUUGAAUGCAUAUGAGACAGUUGAUACCUCAGCACGUCAGGACUGGUUGCCUGUUUAAUGUGUUCAUAUAUGACAUUUUGCUUAGUAUUCUUGCCUUGUAUGAAAUUGUGUACCUAUGACGCUUAGAUGUGCUUACCAUACUUUACAGGGACAGAUAGAAGCUAGAUGAUGAUCAUUGAAAUCUUUGUACUUAGACAGUUCAUGGAGGUGGAACUUCAUAUUCUGACUAAAUUUAAAUGACUCGUUUUCCAAAUUAGAAAGUGUUUUUGAUUUUGUAGCUGUUUAGUAAGAAUUACUCAAAAGACUUUUCAUGAUAAUCCUCUGUUUGUUUGGUCAAUGGUUUUAGACAAUAAUAGUUUUAUUAACUUUUCAAAGGAUCAUUCCAUUGAAAAUCAAAAAGAUUACUUGUUUGUUUGUGAAAGGGUAUUGAAAGUGUUUUGGUGUUAGGAUUUGUUAAUUGUAGGUCUCCUUGGAACUCAGCAGUUCAGUCUUUCAACUGGUUGCAAUGAAAUUGUCUGAAAGAUGUCAUGUGAUAAUUGUAAUAGGGCAGCUGGGGCAGUUGUGUCUUAGGUUGAAACAGUGUGCCGCUGUAGAGGAUGUGGAUGUGUGGAGCUUGGACCAGGGAGUGGACAUGGUCAGUGUGGAAGUGGACGCUCAUCAGAAGUGAUCUCUUAUCAUGCUACAGAUGCAUGUUUAUGCUAAUGUUUCAUUUGCUUCUUGGCACUUUACUUUGCAGCAUGCCCAUUGUUUCUGGAUGGUAAGGCCUCAUUAAGACUUGAUUUACAGGUUUUUCAUUUUCAUUUUUACCGAUGACAACAACUCUUCUAUAGAAUUAUUAGCCGUAAUAUUGCUGGAAUAUUGCUAAAAGCGGCAUAAAACCAUACUCACCCUAUAGAAUUUUCAAACUGAAACUAAUAAAGUACAUGGAGGUUUUUUAAACAAUGUUAUCUUUUAAUUGUUAUUUAUAGUUUAAAAGUUUAUUUUGACUUUCCCUCCUUUUUCCUUGUAAACUGGGGUUAAUGUAUCUGGAAAUUAUUUGUCAAAUGAGGCCAAACAGAAGUGCACCUGGAAUAAGUGCUUGAGUAACAGUUUCUGAGACAGGCAGUGAGCAUUGAACAGUGAGUGAAAGGUUUUGGUAUGAACAUGGUGGAACAUAAGUUCCAGAACGUCAUCAUAUCAUCCUCUCAUGCAACAUUGUUAUCCCACAGGGAACAAACAAGCUACAAUUGAAUGUUUACACUAUUUUUCAGGAUUGGAGUUUAAUGGAGCAGUGAAUUGUGUCACUAUUUGUAAUGGCUUUGUUCAUUAUCCAUAUCUUGUGAUCACAAACGUGCUCAUGUAACCUUAGACUUCAUUAUCAAGGUCAUUGAUCAUCACAGCGAUUUUUCUUGGUGCUCAUUUUCUGUGUUAAGUUACAGACAAGAAUUUUUGGUUAUGCUUCUCAUUUAGUGGCAACAGAAGGAAUAGAGAAAAUCGAGAAGAUGGCGGACUGCAAUUUUCUGUGUCAUAAAUGUUGCCACUAUGGUUUAAAAACCAGCAUUGGGACAUACUAGUUUGAGAAGAAGGAAACCUGUUACCAUUCAGAAUUAUUACAAAGGCAUUUUAUCCUUGAAAAUCCUAAUAUCAAAUUUGAUUAUUUCAGUGUGACUUUCUCCCAUAAGACAAAUGAUAAUUCUGAGUGUAAACCAUUGUUUGGAUUUUUUUGUUAAGUAGUGAUUGAUAUACAUGUUCAGGUAUUACUGUGUGGAACAUGUUCAGUCAGCUUAAAAUAUAUCAUUAGACGAUAUCCCAAAAGUGACUAUUGCUGUUAACUAACUUUGCUUGUUAACUUAGAUACCUUAGAUUGCGCUUUUGCUGCAUAAACGUAAGGACAAAUGUACAGAUGCUUGUCCACAUAACUUGACGAAUGCUCUGCCACUGUUUUAUUUCUAAUGAUGUAAAUUUUCAUGAUCACAAGUAUGGCAAUAAACUGCUGUAGAUUUCCAUCUUAA